GUUCUUACCCGGAAAUAGUAAAAAUAGGUUGAUCGUGACAGUGACUCAAGACAAAACACUGUCAAACAUAUACAAAGAAUAGUAAAUACGUGGACAACAACUAAUGUCGAUGUUUGCUCAAGUUCAGUCAAGUUCAGGGCAAGCUAACAAUGUGGGAUUGUAUGAGGAGGUCAAGCUGUACAGAACAGCAAGGGAGAGAGAAAAGUAUGACAACAUGGCUGACCUGUAUGCUGUGAUCAACACCCUUCAGAGUCUGGAGAAGGCCUACAUCAGGGAUGCUAUCCUGCCCAAGGAGUACACUGCAGCCUGUUCCCGGCUACUGGUUCAGUUCAAGGCUGCCUUUCGCCAGAUACAGAGUGAAUUCCCAACUAUUGAAGACUUCCUCAAGAAAUACAGAUUAGAUUGUCCUGCAGCCCUGGAGAGAAUCAAGGAGGAUCGACCAAUCACAAUUAAGGAUGACAAAGGAAACACAAGCAAAUGUAUUGCAGACAUUGUGUCGCUCUUCAUCACAGUUAUGGACAAACUUCGGCUGGAAAUCAGAGCUAUGGAUGAGAUCCAGCCUGACCUGCGUGAGUUGAUGGAAACCAUGACACGCCUCAGUAUUCUGCCAGGGGACUUCGAGGGGAAGAAGAAAGUUGAAACUUGGCUCGACACACUGAGUGCUAUGCAGGCGUCCGAGGAACUGAACGAUGGACAAGUACGACAGAUGUUGUUUGACUUAGAAUCAGCUUAUAAUGCAUUCAACCGAGUCCUGCACGAUCAUUAAGACCCUGGACGGCUUGUUGGAUUGUCUGUUUUACCAAAUUCUGUGAUUGUGUAUUUCAUCGUGGGAGUCACUGUCAGCAGCGUGUUGAAUGGCAUGGAUGAGCCGAGCAUGUUGAUCUCCAUGGGACGAAGUAACAGGAACGAUAAGGCUAGCAUGUGGUUUAUUCAUGGUUCAAAGUCAUACGUUAAAAACAUAAUGACACAUUAUUUCAGAAAAAUAAGAUUGAUUCCUAAGAUUCAAAUAAGAAGGAAAUAAGACUUUGAAAUUAAUUUAGAAGUGAUACAAGUAAGAAAGAGAAUUAAUGGAUGUCAGCUUCUUUAUCAUGAGGAACACAACGUUUCGGAGUAUAAACUUACUCCUUCAUGUUGAAAUAGUCUGUCAGCCCACUUCAGAUUUUUGAAACUUGUAGCUGGGUUUUCAGAUUAUUCUAGUACACAUGUAAAAAGGUUUUCUUAUAAGGAAAAACCAUGCAGGCAUGUAACCAAAAUUAUUUAUGGUAAUGAUUUGUCUUAAUCUGUUUUAAGGAUUAAUAGACCUACCAUGUCUUUGCUUCAGUGAGACCAUACAACUGUGGUUUUAAUAGGGAGAUGCAAACGAAGCUUGAAUGUCUUCAAGAAAAGUUUCAGUGCAUGAUUGCAUGAUUUGGCCAUGGGCUCAAGUCGUGGAUGUCCUGUUGUAGUCGGUAGCCAUGGUAUUCCCUGUGACAAGUUCACCCAUGUAGGUUUGUUCCUGCUCUUAUCAUAGAUCUGACCAACAAUAAUCUGAUAAUCAAUGCAGAGGUCCAGAUAAGCUUUUGGUGUUGUGGGUAUUUUACCCAUGCAUUUUAAAAUCAUUGGGUAUCAGUAAUUCUAUCUGGGUAUUCAAAUUUCUGUUACCCACUAGUUUUUACACAUGUGGGUAUUUAAGU